AUGAUUCACACUUUACUGUAUGAGUGUGGUGAUUUGCAUUUCCAUCAUGUGUUAGCACAUUAUCACAGUUUCACAUUUUACCUUUCUUGUUUAUUUGCAGAGACAGACGGCUGCCAGGGACAAUUUAUUCAAACUGUGUACAGAACAGCUAAAACCACCAUCACAUGUGAUUACACAGGAAACAAAUACAAGUUCUUCUGCAAACAGAACGGUUCAAUCUGUGAGGAUAUUUUAUCAACAAAAUCCUCUCUGAAGUCAAACGGGACAUUCACUCUCACAGAAACCAAGAGUAGCUUCAGCGUGUCCAUCAGUAACGUGUCCUCACGUGAUGCUGGUGUCUACUGGUGUGGAGUGGAAACACAUGAAGGAAGUUACAGAGCUGCUCUCAGAAAGAUACAGCUGGAAGUUAAAGCUUCUAUUACUAACUUCACCACGUUUCCAACUGUUGGACAGAAUCUUACAUACUGGUGUCAAUAUCCAAAUUAUACUCUGAUAAACAAAUUCAUCUGUAAGGGAGAAGAUCCAUCUAUAUGUCAACCUCUAGUAAGCACCGCACAGCACAACAAGAACACUGGGAAGUUUUCUAUGAAGGAGGAACAAGAUAAGAGAAAUAUCACCAUAACAGUGAGAGACGUAACAACAGACGACACUGGGACAUACUGGUGUGGAGCAGAAAGCACUGACAAAACACACAGCAACAAAUUCUUCCACAAACUGGUGAUGACUGUAGUGUCACCGGCCGUGUCAACAAAUCCCCCUGCAACCUCUUCACCAUCUGUAACAAAGCCAGCUUCUGUUUCUUAUGGUGGUUUUGAUCGGACAUCUGUGUUGACGAUUGCUGUGGCCCUCUCUUUGGAUGUGCUGCUGUUGCUGCUUAUGCUCACUACAUAUUUUGUCUACACACGAUUUGCAGGUUUUAAGAAUACAAGGACAGAAGCAUGAAGAAAAUCAAAGAGAAGGAAAAGAAGUGCACUAGUUUACUUAUGCUAGAUUUCAAAAGAAGCCCUUUGUAAUAUUCCUGUAAUAUCCCACAUAUAUUCUGUAAUUUAGACCAACUACUAAUGUCACCAUAACAGUUUAAAAUAUUAAAUUGAUAUUUCUCUGUCAUUAAUAUUGUUUAACUUAUAACUAAAUCAUUUUAUCCACAUUUAUCAUUUAAUAGUCUAACGUGAGCGGUGAAACAAGACUGAUUUGUUUCUUUUAAUACAGUGAAUUAACACUACUUUAGGAUAUGCCUAUAUGAGUCGUAUUUGGAGGUUGGUAAAAACAAACUAUGUUGUCCUUUAGGUUGGAGGACUUGACAAAACAUUCCCUAUAAAGUAUUAUACUGUUACCACAUGAGCUAAUGAUCAGAAACCCACUGUAGACCACAACGGGAAAUGUGUUACUGUAUGAUAUAAUGUAUAUGGGAAUGUUUUAAAACUUUAACUAUUUAUACAAUAUUGAUAAUAGCUAUUGUUCUUUUAAAUUUUUUUUUACAUAAAAUCCGUUACUCAGACCUGUUUGUAUUUUAACUUACAGUGUUGAGCACAUUUUGAAUGGAGAGUUCUCCAGACUCCCAAUUUAUGCCACUGCCAACUUUCCCACAAACCCCUCUGCCUCGCUGCAUUACUCCAGCAUCAACUUCCAAACAGCUCUGACAGAGUUGGUGGUGAGGCAGUGAUCCUCAAACCCAGCUCUGCUGCCUGAAAAUAUUCUACUGUGAAGUAAAAUCCAGCCUACUGUAGAGUCAGCCAGCCGUCCAGCUCUUCAGAGGAUCCUCUCUACACAAC